AUGACACGUUCCGGCAGGGAGAGUCGAAGCUUUGGGAUAGUCGUUCCUGGAAGCGCGAAGAGGGAGGGUCGGGAUCCGACGGACGAUGCCCCUUUUAUACUCCUCCCACGAGCUGGCAACGCGGUUCCUGGCAUCAGUUACAAUGGCCUCGAAAUAGUCGCGACUGGUGGCGAAGAAAUCGCCAUAUACGGUCUGCAGAGGCCCGGAGACAGACUUCCUCUCCGACUCGAGCUUGGCGAGGCGACGACAGAGCUUUGCCUGCAACAUCAGCAUCAUCUCCGGGUGCAGCUUUCCCACGCAGUCCCUGAGAAGAUUGCUCAAUACCGCACAAAUGAUGAACUUGUAAUACACGCGUCCCAUCGCCUCGUCAGCAUCCUCCAACAGCGUGGAGAGGAGCCGCCCGACGGUGACGCGAAGGACGAGCCAGUACGACGAGCACCUCCAGGGGAUCUCGGAAGCAUCCAAGACGGCAUCAUCCCACACCUGCUUGCGCAGUCGAUGAACAUUCGCCGGCCUUCCGAGUCCCUCGAGAAGAGACAUGAGCAUUUCGCUGAUGAGAGCCGGGCUCGGGCAGUCGCGAGUCUCGACAACGGACUGGCCGCCUUUAGAGGCUCGCGCAGAAAACCGGUCAAAAGCUUGAGUGCUGGCCUGUUCAAGAAAAAGGGACAAGUUCCUCAGGAAGGAAUUGUUGCUGAAGUCGCUGAGCAGGACCGUGACGGCCCGGUUAGGGAAGUCCCAGGCGAGGGCAUGGUCUGCCUUGAGAACAUCGGAAACAGGCGCCGCGGCCUGGAAUUGCUCGAAGAUGACACCGCCAGUGCUGCAGGAGAAGUCAGAUAUUUAUAA